AUGGCAUCGACACAAGUAGCUCCAGUAAACCUGCCUCGCGUAACAAUAACAUACUGCACGCAAUGCCGCUGGAUGUUGCGGGCUGCAUACUUUGGACAGGAGCUCCUCUCCACAUUUGGCACCCAAAUCGGUGAAAUAGCUCUUAUACCUGCCACUGGUGGGCUCUUUCAAGUCGAGCUUACGUACCUCCCACCCAACUCAACAGACUCGCCAAAUGAUGGGAAAGUGCAAGCCAAAAAAGUGCUCCUCUGGGACCGCAAAACCGCCGGCGGUUUCCCCGAAACCAAAGUCCUAAAACAGCUCGCCCGGGAUCAUAUCGAUCCCAAGAAAGAUCUGGGCCAUAGCGAUGUUGGUGGAAAGAAGAAAGAUGCUGUGAAGAUUAGUACCGAUGAGGGGAAGGACGGAGGCAUCGAUGUUAAGGUCAAGGGCAAGGAGGAGAGGAUCGCGGAGGAUCUUGUGAAGGAUUUGAAGGUUGAAGAGGCUCCGGAUGUGAAGAGAAAUCCGGAUGGGACCGUGUGUGAGGAUUGUAGGUAG